CUUUCUCUUUUAGAUGUGAUGUAAAGCUUCUGUGAAAGUAACAGUGCCAAACCAAUAUCAUAGCAGCCACUAGCCCACUACAUAACCACAAACACAUACAAACAAACUCUAUAUCUCCACCUCCUCCGCCGUCACCACCGCCACCACCAACCGCCGCCGGCGCAGAUGGGUGCCGUAGAACCUGUUUUAGAGAGAGAAAAGAAAGAUGCUGCCGAUCAACAAACGGAAAAAGUUGAAAUCAGAAAAACCGACAAAGAUUUGGAGAAAGGUGAAGUGGGUUUUGAAGAACACCAACAUCCACCAAGAGAUGUGCAUAUGUCAAGAAUGCAAAGAUUAAGUGCAACAAAUCCAUUAAGACUUGUUAUCGAUAAUGCCACCAGAGUACCACCUACCCGCGGCCCCACCGCCGCUCACCACCAUCCACCACCACCUCCACAGUCACAGCCACAGCCACAACCACCGCCUACGCAACCCCACCACCACCCGUCUCCUCCACCGCCCACCGCUAACCCUCGUUCCAUCCCCGUCCCCAUCGCAACUCCUCAACACAGCACACCAACUCCUCAACCAUCUUUGACUACUCUCAAUUCGAGAAAAUACACCAACAAAAUAUCUCUGUUCUUGUUCGCAUUACAUUUCUUGGUUGCAAUUUGUCUCGUAUUCUUCUUGGUUUACAAAGGGAUUCAAGGUUUAUUACAAGGAGGAAGCGCAGGAAGAAAAGAACGAAGAGUAAUUCAUUACUUUCUCCCACAAGUAGAAGCAGCUUCUCUUUUAAGCAUCACAUUAGCAUUCGCAUGGCAGAAAGCAGUAAGAGUUUGGCCUAAUUUCAUGGUGCAUUUCAUCCUCUGGAGUUCUUUCCUCAUGACAUUAUCCGCCGGAAUCCUCCUCAUCUGCUUCCAAACGCCGAGCACCGACGGCGUCGGUGUCGUGUUCAUCUUUUUCGCAAUCGGAAACGGGUUGUACUCGUGUUGGGUAACUCAAAGAACAAAGUUUUGCAGUAAAGUUUUUCUUAAAUCAUUGGAACCCGUUUCGAAAUUUCCCGAUUUAAAUCGACCCACUUACUGGAUGCUUGGGAUUGGGUUUAUCUGGAUGUCGAUUUGGAUUUUAGCGGUGAUUGGGGCGUUGAAUUUUUACUUUCCGCCAUUGGUGAUUAUUUUGUUGGUGUUGAGUUUGCUUUGGACUGCGGAAGUGAUGAGGAAUGUUGCGAAUUUGACUAUUAGUAGAGUGAUUGCUUUGUAUUAUUUAAGGGGAAUGCAAUCGAAUACACAGUUUUGUUUUCAAAGAGCGAUGUCCAAGAAUCUUGGAAGUGCGUGUUUAGGGUCUUUAUUUGUUCCCACCAUUGAAGCUCUGAGGAUUGUUGCUCGAGGUUUGAAUUUGCUUGAGGGAGAAGAUGAGUUCAUGUUCUCUUGUGCACAUUGUUGUCUCAAAGUUAUGGAAGCAAUUUUCAGAUAUGGCAAUGGUUGGGCUUAUGUUCAGAUAGCGGCAUAUGGAAAAGGGUUUGUGAAAGCAUCCCAAGACACUUGGGAACUUUUCGAGAAACGUGAAAUGGAAACAAUUGUGGAUUCCGACAUUACCACCGCGAUUUGCUUCCUCACCGGAGUUUGUAGUGGUUCAAUCUGUGUCAUCGUGGUGGCGGCUUGGACCGCAUCCGUGCACGCGCCCUUCACCGCCACCAUCUCCCUCCUUGCCUUCAUCGUCGGUUAUUUGAUGACGAGGAUCGCAAUGGCAUUGCCUCACGCGUGUGUGAGUUGUUACUAUAUUCUCGGAAAUACAAGGGGUUGUUUGUACAUAUGGGAGAACUUUAGGGAGUUAGUUGUAUGUUAA